AUGAAAAAGAAAGCUGAAGGACACAAGAAAAGAAGUAUUAAGGAUAAAGCAGAUAAGAGCAGAAAUCUGCAAGUUACAAAAGUCUCGAAGAAGAAACAGACAUUGUAUAAGAAGAAACACCACCAAGAAAGUGAAAGCAGCAGCGAGAAUGACCUAAAUCUGGACUUGCAGAACAUUUGUGAUGACGAUGAAAUGGACGAUAUUGAUCCAUUGGCGAUUCCAGAAAACGUAUGUUUAGUUUGUGGAGAGUUUGGGAAAGAUGGAGAACUAUGGUACCGGUGGGAAGACCCUUCUCAGACUCUCCAGUACACUGAUGUGACAGUUAUUCCCAACUCAGUAUGCGAGCUGGACUAUAAACCAGGUUUCAUUCGUGAAAGUACGCUGUGUGCUGGAAACAAGAACAAAGGCAUCUGCAGUGGAGACCAUGGUGCACCACUUGUUCUCAAAGAUAGCUUCAAGCAGAUUGGCAUUGCCAGCUUUUAUUAUGACAAGUGUGAGGUACCUGUACCUGCUGGCUACACCCGGGUAACCUACUUCCUCAACUGGAUCACAAGAACUGCUGGAAUCGAUAUUGAUUGA